AUGACCGACGCUGGCAGGCAAUCCUUUACCGACAAGGCUGAGGCCGCGCUCAAGCCCGACUCGCAGAAGUCAACCACCGAGCAGGCCGGUGACGCCAUCAAAGGCAAGACCGACUCUGCAGCCUCUACCUUGGAGCCGAACCACGAGAAGUCCACGUCGCAGAAGGCGACCGACUCUUUGUCCGGCAACUCAAACGAGGGCUCGGCAAGUACCUCCUGCAGCUCUCUGACGAGGUGA